AUGCCACAAGAUAACUGGCACAAAUCAAAAAGUUGUUCAGAAAACUGCUAUUGAUCUUCAUAUCUCGGAAAAAAUUAAUAAUUUAAAUGUAAAAAUAAAUGCCCAGGACUAUCUAGUAAAGUUAAAACAUAUAGCAAUUGGCCUAGAUAAGAUUCAACGAGAUGCCUGUACAAUUAGCGAAUGCAUUGAAAUUUGGAUAGAAAAGAAAAUGAAAAUUGCACUGAUUCAGAUAGAAAUCAUUUUGUAAAAAGAUCAUGGAUUCCAAGGACUUAAAUUGAAUCUAGAGCAACGCGAAGAAGGUCUUGAGUAUGCCUCUCUUUACUAUCCUGAAGUUAUCGGGCAAAAACAUCACCAUUUAAAGAUUAAUUAUUUCAAGAUAAUUUGAAAGGCCUCACACCACUUGUUUGGUGGAAGUCCUUGAAAGACUAUUUAAUGAAGUUACAGUUGACCUAGUUCAGCAGGUUCAUACAGCAGCUGCUUCAUCUGCUGGGUUUGAGCGUAUUUUGUCCUCACCAGACUUCGUAACAAGUUGGGUACAGAAAAAGCGGCAAAAUUAGUCACAGUAUUUAAACAUCUAAAUCAAAGCGUGAAAAAGUAGAU